AUGAGUGAUAGAGUGUUAUUGAAGGUGUAUUAUUUUGGUCAGAUUUUGUUACAAAUAUCUGAAGGAGUAACAUUUGUUUAUGAAAAUCUGUUAGAUUUGGUGAUUCCUUUUUCAAUCUCAUUUGAAGAGCUCAAAUGUGUGAUCUGUGAAAAAAUUCAGUCUGAGAGGGCAAGAAGGAUAUCAUGUAUUCUAUACAGAAAUCCUAUACAAGUGUUUGGUGGAUUCGUCCAGUUUCAAACCAAAUAUGUAACGGACGAAGCGAGCAUGCAAGACAUGUUUUCCAUGUAUAUUGAAAAUCGGAGUCAACUCUCGUUCAUCGAGUUGUAUGUUGAGUUUGAGCAAUCUGAGGCCAAUCGGAAUAUUCUACGGGAGGAUUACAAUAGUGACAAUGAAGAAGAGUUCGAAAGCAACUACGAAGUUGUUGGUCCAGAUGGAGAUGAGGUUCAAGGUGACGGAGCUAUGGCUCCGGAUGUGUCUGAUGUGGCAACUGCACUGGCAAACGAUGUGCCAGUGUUAUUGAAGGUGUAUUAUUUUGGUCAGAUUUUGUUACAAAUAUCUGAAGGAGUAACAUUUGUUUAUGAAAAUCUGUUAGAUUUGGUGAUUCCUUUUUCAAUCUCAUUUGAAGAGCUCAAAUGUGUGAUCUGUGAAAAAAUUCAGUCUGAGAGGGCAAGAAGGAUAUCAUGUAUUCUAUACAGAAAUCCUAUACAAGUGUUUGGUGGAUUCGUCCAGUUUCAAACCAAAUAUGUAACGGACGAAGCGAGCAUGCAAGACAUGUUUUCCAUGUAUAUUGAAAAUCGGAGUCAACUCUCGUUCAUCGAGUUGUAUGUUGAGUUUGAGCAAUCUGAGGCCAAUCGGAAUAUUCUACGGGAGGAUUACAAUAGUGACAAUGAAGAAGAGUUCGAAAGCAACUACGAAGUUGUUGGUCCAGAUGGAGAUGAGGUUCAAGGUGACGGAGCUAUGGCUCCGGAUGUGUUUGAUGUGGCAACUGCACUGGCAAACGAUGUCCCGUACGUAAUUCUCCAUUGCAUGGCUGUCCGGGUGGUAGAAAUUCCUUUUCUUGCAGAUGGUGAAUUUGCCGUUGGAAUGGAAUUCAGUUUCAGGAAAGCUGUUAUUAAAGCGAUAAAAGAGUAUACUAUACGAAGAAGCGUAGAUUACCGGGUGUAUGAGUCUGAGUCGUUGACAUUUUAUGCGAAGUGUACACAGUAUGGGUCAGGGUGUGAUUGGCUUAUCCGGAUUAGCAUGAUCAGCCAGAAGUACUGUUGGGUUAUAAGGAGGUAUAAUGGCAGUCACACAUGUACCAGAGCCACAAUUUCUCAGGAUCAUUCAAAGCUGGAUUCGACCAUGAUUGCAAAAGCAAUUAAGCUGUUGGUUGAGGCUGACCCCGCCUUAAAGGUAAAAUCAGUUAUAGCAGAGGCGCAAUCGAAGUUCAACUACACUGUUAGUUAUCGGAAAGCAUGGUUGGCUAAGCAAAAGGCGGUUGAAAAAAUAUUCGAAGGUUGGGAGGCAUCGUACGAAGCGUUGCCUAUAUGGUUUGAAGCCAUGUGUCAUAAGGAGCCGUCAGCUGUUGUUCAUUUUGAGACUAUGCCUGCAUACCAAGGUGACGACUUGGUGACUGAUAUUCGGGUAUUGCAUCGUGUCUUUUGGAGUUACUACCCCUGCAUUAGAGCUUUCAGACAUUGUAAGCCAGUUGUCCAGGUGAAUGGGACUCACUUAUACGGAAAGUACAAGGGUUGUCUACUAGUGGCGGUGUCACAGGAUGGUAACAACAACAUCGUCCCAAUUGCGUUUGCAAUUGUGGAGGGAGAGACUUCAGAUGCGUGGCACUUUUUUCUGAGUAACCUUCGUCAGCAUGUUGUCACUCGGGAUGGUGUGGGACUGAUAUCUGACCGUCACGAAUCCAUAAAUGCGGCUGUGGAAAGGAGUAACGGGGCUUGGUCACCUCCGAGAGCCUUUCAUAUGUUUUGCAUCAGGCAUAUAGAGUCGAAUUUUCUGAGAAAAUUCAAGGCGCCGUACUUACAGAAACUGGUCGUCAACAUAGGAUAUUCGAGGACGGUGCGGGAGUACGAGGUGCGUUACCAACGUUUACGAGAACGGGGAGAGGCAUACACUGACUGGUUAAACCGAAUCCCCCGGGAACAGUACGCGUUGGCAUUUGAUGGUGGAUAUCGAUGGGGUCAUAUGACGACAAAUCUAGUGGAAUGCAUCAAUUCAGUUUUAAAGGGCGCACGCAAUCUCCCCGUGACUGCCCUUGUGAAGGCAACAUUCUACAGGCUGAACGAGUUGUUUACCCGAAAAAGAGCGGAGGCGGAAGCCCGGAUUAAUGCUGGCCAUGUGUUUUCUGAUGUCGUGACUUCGAAGUUGCAUGCAAACCAACUUGCAUCAGGAAACAUUCAGGUUAGUUGCUUUGAUCGGCAGAAUGAGGUCUUUGAGGUGCGUGAGAUGCCGAGUGGACUGGAGUUUGCGGUGGACCUACGUGGCCUUCGAUGUGACUGUGGUGAGUUUCAGGUGGACCGGAUCCCCUGUCGACAUGUCUUUGCAUGUUGUGCCAACCAGCGACUGGAUUGGCAAGUGUAUGUUCAUGAUGUGUAUAAGAUGGACCAAGUUCGGCGGGUGUACCGAGCAAGGUUUAGGCCACUUGGUAACCCCACUACAUGGCCUGUUUAUAACGGACCUCGGUUCAUCCCAAACCCGUACCUGAGACGCGUCGGGAAAGGUCGGCCAAAAAUGACGCGCUUCUUGAAUGAGAUGGACACGCGAAUGCUACGUCGGCCUAGGCGAUGUACGAUAUGUGGAGCUGAGGGACACAGUCGUGGCAGAUGCCGUCAGCAGCGUGGUGCAAAUGCCAACAGAGAUCAGUAG